CGGCGGGGGCGGGGCCCGCGUAGGGACUUCCCCUGGGUAGAGCGGCGCAGCGGGGUUCUGACCAAAUUGGGCGAGGGCACAAAAUAACCACUUACCCCUUCUCACCGAGGAAGAGCGGGAGAAAGGGUAUGGCACAGUCACAGGGCUGGGUGAAAAGAUACUUGAAAGCCUUUUGUAAAGGCUUCUUUGUGGCAGUGCCCGUGGCAGUGACUUUCUUGGAUCGGGUUGCCUGUGUUGCAAGAGUGGAAGGAGCAUCAAUGCAGCCUUCUUUGAAUCCUGGGGGAAGCCAGUCAUCAGAUGUGGUACUUUUGAAUCACUGGAAAGUAAGGAAUUUUGAAGUACAACGUGGUGACAUUGUAUCAUUGGUGUCUCCUAAAAAUCCAGAGCAAAAAAUAAUCAAGAGAGUGAUUGCUCUUGAAGGAGAUAUUAUAAGGACCAUGGGACACAAAAACCGGUAUGUCAAAGUCCCCCGUGGUCAUAUCUGGGUUGAAGGUGAUCAUCAUGGACACAGUUUUGACAGUAAUUCUUUUGGGCCGGUUUCCCUGGGACUUCUGCAUGCUCAUGCUACUCAUAUCCUGUGGCCUCCAGAACGCUGGCAGAAACUGGAAUCCGUUCUUCCUCCAGAGCGCAUACUGGUUAAGAGUGAAGAGGAAUGACUUCAUGGCUCCUCCAGACUGCUCACUUUGAGGAGACAAUUAUAGUGGGAGGGGAUCACCCCAAAAGGGUAAAUCUCCCUACAAUAUGAUGUUAUGCAAGAAACAAUGUCCACAUUAAGGUGAUCUAUAUUCUUAAACUUUUAAAAUAUUAAACAGUAUUAAACGACACCAGAUUCUGUAUUAAAUUUUAGUACUCUAUUGUUUAUUGCCCCCCCCCCGAAAAUGCAGAUCUUUAGGAAUAUGAAAAUAUUGCAUCUAUGUCUUAAGGAGGUAACCUUGAUUUCUUGUUGUACAUACUUAUUCUGUUGAUUGGGUUUUGAUUUUGUGCCUGCUGCUGAAAGAUUUUGAAAAUUAAUAUUCAAUGACAAUAGUUUAUCAUUUACUGUUAAGACAGAACAUGAAAAGACAUACAUAUAAUUAUAGGAAUUACAUUGUAAUUGAUAAUGUCUACAGUGCAGUGAUUGCCAGAUAAACUGGCAGUGAACAGUGAUGUUAAAAUAAAACAAUGAUUUGUUCAGA